GAAAACAGGACUUUGAAAGUUAUCCAAUACAAGUGGCGCCAUAUAUUAUCAAAACUAGCGUUGGAUUGGUACAUCUUUCAUUGAUGCCCUGCGUUAUAGAACAGAAGAUUUACCCCUACCACUAAAGAAGAGGAUCGAGUUUCCCUGGAUCAGCGCUUUGCCACAUCCAGUUUUAUUUUAUUGUAUUCAGAGUUAGUCAGUCUGUUGUUAGCGCUCAUACUAUAUACAUCAAUAGAAUUGUAUUUUUGAUAAUCGAGAAUAAAUCUUUUUAAAAAGCAAGUAGACUGACUCGGUCAGAUAAUUGGCGCAGCCAGAUCGGAUUUUCGGGCUGUUUCGCGAAUCAAUCGAGACCGCGAAGCAGUUUUCGUAUCGACGAAUUUACCGGAAAAAACGGCCUACGGACUAAAGACUUUGUUGAGUGGGAGUUCGAGCGGAACCGGUCUAUCGAAGACUGCAGCUACCACCUACGAAGUCAGGGAUUUGGACCACACAUCGCCCAAAUCUGCAAGCGGAACAUUUUGGAGAAGGACCAGAUCGCCCAACCAAGAUCUUCCCCUUAUAGUUAAGCAACCAAGUAAAGACAAAGAAAGAAACGUGAUGCACUUGAUCAUCCUCGUAUUAGCGCGCGCGACGAUCAAUAUGAAUGGGAAUGCAGGCAGAGGCAGUUGCAGAGAGAGCAACGCCACAGGGAACGAAUGGAGGAAGAAAGGAUGCGACCGCCGUCACCUCCACCUGUCGUUCAUUAUACGGAUCACGAGGCAGCGGCCGUAGCUGAGAAGAUCAAGCAGGAUGAAACUUUCACGAAAGCUGUACAGAUUGUUAUAACCUGGCUAGAUAGAGGUGACUGUAACAAAAGGAAUGUCAACACCUUUUAUUCAAUGAUUCAAUCUACGAACUCGCACAUAAGGCGUCUGUUGAGCGAGAAAUCUCAAUAUGACGAUGAGCUAAGAAAGGCUAAAGAAUUGAUGAAGGGCAGAAUGCAGGGAAUUUUGCUACAGUGUAAGUAGUUAUUUUAUAUUGAAUUUGGUUCUUUUCGGGGGUACAGGUCUUUUACAAUAUUGCACACCUAAAGUAUAGCAAGGUUACUGCUUCCAGUACUUUCAUCCCAAUUCACUCAACAUCUAUUUGAUAUGGUUUCAAAAUCGGAUCUCCCUGCCAUUAGAAUGUCUGUACAAAAAAUAAUUUAACAUCUAAG